GUUUUGUAUAAUAUCACAGGAGUCAGGACAGGAGUGUACUUUGUAUAGAAAUAGAAGAGAGAGCCGAUAUUAGAAAGUUUGGACCAACAACGCCUGCAAGCAUGGCCAUCAAUGCAUGGAGGAAUGCAUUACUGCGAAUGAAAUUCAGAAACUGCAUCACGCAUGGACCUCGAGCUAUCUUAAGAGCAGUCACAGGAAGCCAAAGGAAACGAAUUGCAAGCGCAUAAGCGUUUGAAACUCUGAAGGGAUUGUGCUUGCGCAGGGGUAGGAGAUGAGGCGUCCCUCUCCGCUGACUUUGCUGAUAUUUGCAUUUGUUGGCGGAAAUCUACUCAUGGGCAUCUCCUCUAACGCAAGAAGAGCCAAGAACACCACAGAUCCUGGUUAUGGAAGCAUUGAGUUAAAUGGCAGGAAACUAAAGGAACGAUGCUCUUUUACUAUCCGAAAGACAAGGGAGCUGGAAAAUAUUAGGACGGAUGACUACCAACCUGUCGAUCCGAGCCCAAGCUCCAAAGCCACUAUCAGACCAGGUCCAAUUGAGCAUGGCGCACCGAUUCUUCCUUAUGUACCACGGUACCCACCGCCUUCAGGUCACCCUAAGGGUGUGCCAGCUGCUGAAUCCCCUGGAUCCCCAUCCACUUAGAUGCACGCUGAAAUUAUCCAAAUCUGCUAAACCCCAAUGUGGUCAAAGUCUGCUUUUGUACGUUAUGUUGUUAUUAUGGUUUACUACCGUACCAUACUGCCAUAUGUCUGAAAUGCAAGUGUUUUGUGUUUACCUAACUGCUUGAGUGAUGUAAUAUG